CACAGCUCAAGUCUCAAGCCAGUCUCCGCAGCAAUGAAGGCCGUCACCAGCAUGCAGAAGCUCCGUCCUGCCGCCUCCAAACUACGCAAUCAGUCAACACGCAACGUGUGGACCGCCCAGCAGUACAUUGACCGCGAAGAAAAGUGUGGCGCGCACAACUACCACCCGCUGCCUGUGGUGCUAAACAAAGGCCGUGGGUGCAAGGUCUGGGACGUGGAAGGCAAGGAAUACUACGACUUCCUGAGCGCUUACUCGGCCGUAAACCAGGGUCACUGCCACCCCAAGCUCGUCAAGGCUUUGACGGAGCAGGCGCAGACGCUCACUCUGACCUCUCGCGCCUUCUACAACGAUGUAUUGGGUGAGUACCAAGAGUACAUGACCAACCUCCUGGGCUUCGACCGUAUUCUACCCAUGAACACGGGCGUGGAAGGCGGUGAGACAGCUGUCAAGCUCGCCCGUCGCUGGGCCUACGACGUUAAGGGCGUCCCUGAGAACCAGGCCAAGGUCAUCUUCGCUAAGAACAACUUCUGGGGUCGUACAUUGAGCGCUGUGUCGGCUUCUAAUGACAAGGAGGCCUACGGAGGCUACGGACCUUUCAUGCCUGGCUUCGCUAGCAUCCCGUACAACGAUGCUGAUGCACUUGAAGAGGUUUUCAAGAAGGAGGGCAAGAACAUCGCUGCCUUCAUGGUGGAGCCCAUCCAGGGCGAGGCUGGUGUCGUUGUGCCUGACGAUGGAUACCUCAAGCGUGUACGUGACUUGUGUACAAAGUACAACGUGCUGUGGAUCGCCGAUGAGGUGCAGACUGGACUGGCACGUACCGGUAAGAUGCUGGCAGUGGACUACGAAGGCGUCAAGCCCGACAUCGUGAUUCUGGGCAAGGCUCUUUCUGGUGGCAUGUAUCCUGUCUCGGCUGUGUUGACGAGCCACGAGGUCAUGCUCACGAUCAAGCCUGGUCAGCACGGCUCCACGUACGGCGGCAAUCCACUGGGCUGUAAGGUGGCUAUGGCGGCUAUGCAGGUGAUUCAGGAGGAAAAACUGGCUGAAAAUGCAUUCAAGCUCGGCAACAAGUUUCGCAGCGAGAUGCAGAACUUCCAAUCGAGUUUGCUUCAAGGUGUGCGUGGUCGUGGUCUGCUGAACGCGAUCAUCAUCAAUGAGCAUCCAAACCAGCCGGACGCGCUGCAGCUCUGCAUGAACUUGGUCAAGAAGGGGCUUCUGGCCAAGCCCACGCACGGCAACAUCAUCCGACUGGCACCUCCACUUGUCAUGACCGAGAAGCAGCUUGACGAGUGCACAUCGAUCAUCAAGGAGGUGCUCACGGAAGCCGAGAAGUAAACGGAACUUGAUUACCAGGCGCACUCCAACAUCCUUGUGGCGACAGACAGGCUACACAGGCUAGACCCUUUGAUUUUUUUAAUACAAAUAUUUUCGAACACAAA